AGGUAUCAACUGACAAGAUUGUGUAGAUACUAUUGAAAUUAACACAUUUAGAAAUUGAAAAAUCAACUCGUAGUUCAGGAACUGAGGCAGUUUACUUUCGACUGUGGACAUACGUUUGAUUAAGGAUAAUAGUAUGUGAAGAAUGAUGGACAAUGCAUUACCAGGAAAUUUUAAAAAUUUAAACAGGGAUGAUCUGCCGGACACAUACAGAAAUGGAAACCCUAGUUUUCAAGGAAAUGCAGGCAAUUUUUUCAACCAAAAUACACGCAGUGACCCAGAUAGUGCUAGGACUACAACAUUUAACAACUCACAGAACUCGAGACGAGGACCUAAAUAUCCUCAAUACUCUAUAACAUGUAUCAGAUUGUCCACAUUCCAAACAUGGCCAACCAGUAUACAACAACACCCAGAAACUAUGGCAGAGGCUGGGUUUUACUAUACAGGAAACAAUGACCAUGUACGAUGUUUUCACUGUGGUAUUGGACUACAGAACUGGGACUCUGAAGAUAAUCCUUUCGUAGAACAUGCUAGGUGGUCUUCAGAAUGUCAAUUCCUCAAAGACAAGAAAGGAUUAGACUUCAUUGCUACUGUACAAGAUGCUGUCAGGAGAGUACAGAUGGAGGAGGCGUUGAACACAGAUGGAGUAGCAGAGACUUUUGAGAAUGACUAUGAAGAAGAUGGAAAUAUCAGAUCAGAAGUCACAGGCAAAGAUAUCUUACCUAGUGGGAAACCUCCAACGAAAGCUGAGAAAAAGAAUCCAUUAUUAACAGAUGCAGCUCAGAGUAUAUUAACGAUGGGAUAUCUACCUAAAGUUAUCAAAACUGUUGUUGAUAAAGUUCUAAGAGAGAAAGGCUGGGCAUAUAUGUCCUCCAGAAGUUUAAUGGAAGAAAUUUACAAAAUAGAGGAAAAUGGAGAAAUACCUAAAUCUGAACUAACAAUACCAAUGAGUUCCAACUUGAAGAGUUCUGUCGUAAGCAUGAAGAAGAGCAUGAAAGUUCUUCCUAGAGUUGAUGUUAAGAAGAUAGCACAGGAAAAUCAAGAAAUGAAAGAACAGACACAGUGCAAGAUUUGUUGUGAGGACAUUGUGUCGAUCGUAUUUUUGCCUUGUGGACAUUUAUCAUCCUGUUCACAGUGUGCCCCUGCCUUGAAAUCAUGUCCUGUAUGCAGGUCUGAAAUCAAAGGCUCGGUCAAAGUUCAAUUUAAAAACUAACCAAGUCAUGUAGUAGCUCAUCUGCCAUUAAUUUUUUUAUGAAAACUUUGUAAAAUACAUGUACAUUUACAUAUGACUGAUUUAUGUUGUUUCAUUUAUUUUGUAAUCUUACAUGUAAUUUAUGUAGAUAAGUGGUUUAUAUGAUGAUUUAAAUAUCUCAUAUUCCCAUAUAUUCUCAUGAUUGUUUUGUAAAGUAAUUCCAUUACUACUGUAAUACAUCAUUUCAAUAACUCAUGUUGAACUCACUCAUUAACUGUGGCGUUGAAGGCCUAAAGUGCUAUAUAUGAAGAAAUAUUGAUUUCUAUCACUCAAAUUUCAUAAUAUUAUGAUUUAAAAGUUGAAAAUUAUAUGUUAUAUUUCCACCAAAAAAAUGUGUAAAAUCAACUUCUUUUUUUAAUGUUCUGUUCUGAGAAGUGAUAAAUUACAUUGCACAGAAAUCGAUUAUUCAGUCAGUAUGCUUUAAGUCAUGUUUAUGUAUGUUUAUCAACAACUGGUAUAAAAAUCAAAAUUAUAUUGACCCCUUGCAACAUAAAAGGUAAGUGAAGGUACGGUCAUGUUGUCAAUCCAAAUAGAAAGUGUUAUAAGUUAUACAACCCUUUGUCAAGAUGAAUGUUUGUGUGAUGAGGUUUAUCUUUUACUACAAAUAAUUUGUCAUUGACAUAUUUUCAAUCCGAAAAAAAUGACCAUGAAACUUCUUAACAAGCUUAAGACUGAAGCUCUUUUAAACCAGUAAAUAUUUUUGACUAGCUGUGACAUGAUUUGAAAAUUACAUUAUCUUUAUACGAUGAUUCACAUUGCAUUUCUAGAUAUAAGUGUUAUAAACAAUUUUUGUUUGAAUUUGUUUUUUAAAAAGGAUAGUGCAAUAUAUAGUUUGAAGCCGGGAAGUUAUACAUUUAUUAUAAUGCUAAAGUAUUGCUUGUUCCAGAUAUUUGAAUUUGUUGUUAUUGUGCUUGUAUUGUGGUAAUGGUAAUGUACAUAGGUGUUUUCACAUUGUUAGUAGUUUACUUUUUAUAAACUAUAUGAUUCAUAAAACAUUAAUGGCAGAUGACGAGUCUGUUUUUCAAUCACUGACUUUGAUACCAGUUCAAGAAUUUUGUGCAGGGAUACAGUUUUUGCUACAUACAGGUGUAGAUUUUCUAUGCAAAGAGUUCUAGAAUUGGAAUCCAAGUCAGUAUUCGGAAAAUAGACCAUUGUGAAACAUUAUGGAAAUUUUCCAAAAAAUUUCACAACUUGUAAUUAGAUUAACUGUCUGAAAAAUCUUGAUAGUUACUUUUUUACAACUAAUCACCAGCAUGUGUUCAUGUCAAAACUAGUCAUUCACAUCAAAUUUAUUUGAUUGAAGCAUUGCAGCUCUCUUUUAUAUCAGCCGAAGUCUUUCUUUUACAAUUAUUCCCUUUUGUUUAUUUUGGUUAAAAUGUAUAUAAUUAAUAGCAAGUUCUACAUUUUUUUAUUAGAUAAAUAAUUUGAAAUGCAAGUUAUGCUUUUUUGUAAAUAUGUAAGUUUAAAAGUUUUGAAAGUUAUUUUUUUACAUAUAAAAUUUACAUGCAAGAUAUGCAUAUAUAUAUUUUUUUAGUUUACUUAUAUAGUUUAAAUAAAAGCCCAUGUUACCUAUUUUUUGUAUUUUUAUUUAAUAUUGUUCAAUGUCAGAAACGACUUAUGAUUUAAUGCAUUUUCUAUAAGUUUCCUUUAAUAUAAACAUGAUUUAGGCAGCUUUUUAAAUUGUCCAACAUUUUUGUUGAGUACCGGUAGAUAUAUUACCUCUAGCUGUGUUUUUUUAAAUUUUGGUUUUUUGUAUGUUUCGGAGUUUAGUGUUGCGUCAAUUUUGCUGAACUUGUUUACAUUAUUGUUUAGGGGCAAGCUAAAGCCAGCCUCCGGGUGCAGGAUUAACUCAAUGCAUUAAAGACCCAUUGGUGGCCAUGGGAUGUUUUCUGCUCUUUGGUCGGAUUGUUGUCUCUUUCCCGGUUUCCAUUCUCUAUUCUAUAUAAUUAAGGUGGUACCUAACACUACAGGGAGAUAACUCUGUAAAAAUCAAUUAAACGUUUUAAUUACGUUGUAUUGUUAAGGAAAUAUUAAGCUUCUCAGUGAUCAAAAUUAGUGUUUGUCAAACUGCUAUAUAACCAGUGAAAUUUUUCUGAUAAAGUGGUUGGUUCAAAUUUUUUGAAAUUUUUAUAUUUCUGUCAAAGGGUCAAAGUAAACAUUUUGUCAAAAUUUUAUGAAAAUUAAACGAGCCAAAUUAAUAUUAGUCAAGGUGUUGGGUACCACCUUAAACAUCCCUACAAAGGGUUUUUAAAUACACUCUUGGUGCUACAUAAUGACACAAUUGAUAAUAUAUUCUUCAUAAUUUACUCAGGGAAAUAAUUGAGAAUAAAAUAAAGUGAAAUAGAUUAGUAUUUACUAUAAAAUGUGAACUAUCAGAUUAUAACAUUGAAUUUUCUGAUAUGUUUAUAUGUGUAUGAACAUGCACUUGUUCAUGUAUAACAUAAAACACACAAGCCAUUGAUUAAGGUCAUCUCUGAAGAUGGAUACCUGGAAGAUCUAAUUCUUCCGAAAAUCCUGAAACACUGGUUAAAGGUACACUAUAUGAAUCAGUGUAAGUUUCAAAUAAGUUAAUAAAAUAAAAUAUGUGUAGAUUAAGUAGGCAGUUUUUUUUUUAACCACUUCAUUUGUCAAAUAAUAGAAAUAAAAUUAGACAUUUUGAUAGUCCUUGUCAGAAGUUGAGUAUAAAAGGUCGGCUUUGUUUGGGUUUUUUCACAAUAAGACAAAGUUCUGACAUGAAUACAUCAAGCUACUACAUGGUCUUGGUUUUUUGUUGGUUAUUUUUUUUUAUAUAUAUUGAAGUUUUAUUGAUGAGAGAGAGAAAUGCAGAAAAAUAUACAUUUUUCACAUCACAAUUUAAACACAGAAAAUGCAUAUGGUAUAUCAGAAAAAGUACUGUUUGAAGGGAAAAAAAAGGAUAAUGUAUGGAUUGUGAGGCUUUGAAUGAUUUGAAGGUAUUCUCAGGUUUCUGAGAAUAAUUCAUGGGUAGUAUUUAUAUUGUGUGUAAGAUGAAAGUUAAUUUUCCACCCUCAUACAUUUUUUUCAGAAUACAUAACUUAAAAGUCUUUCAGAUUGUUUAUGAUAAGGCAGCUUGCUUCAGUUACGAAUUUACAUUACUCAAUUUGCUUUAUUUUGUCUAAAAUUGUUCGAAAAACAGAUUCUACUACCAUGUCAUGUGAGAUACGAUAUUUCAUUUCUCUUUACUGUUAGAUUUUAAUUAUCACACCUUAUGCAGUGGUAGAAUCUAUAUUUUUCUGCAAGGUGAGCAACACAGGCUAUUUGCAGUGUUUUAAUUUGAUUGCUAUAAUUUAUAUGUAAUUGAGCUCAGGAAUGUUAAGGAACAUAAUAUUACAACGUCCUACUGUGUGAAAACCACUGGCAAUGACUUUCACUUCAGGACUCUUGUUUCGGAUUUUUCAAACUUUGAAAAGGAUACCAGUAAUCAAAUUCUGAUGUUUCUAACAGUUGUAUGUUCAAACUUUUAUGCAAAAUGAAGCAAUAUUACAAUAUAAGUAAAAAUAUUUUACCAUUUUAUUAUAGAGCGUUCGCUGACUACCAUUUAUGCCAUGGAAAUUGCAACUAAGAAAUAUAUUCAUAAAGGCAUAAAGUGUAAAUUGAUGAAAAUGCAUUGCAGUUCCAAAAUAUUCUAAAGUGAAAAUUUGUUUUUUCAUUCCUAAAGCUGGACAAAGAAUUAUUUUUGCCCCAAUAAGGAUCAGUAGAAACUUGAUUUCACUCUGUAAUUACUUUUUCAGCAAUUGCUCUAUUAAGUGAUGAUAUAUAUAUAUGCCUAAGAUUGUCUUAACAUACACUUUAGUGUGCAGAUUAGACAUUAUUUACAAAAUUUUUGUUUCAAUGCAAUCUGCUCUAUAUCACAUAUAAAAUGGUGAGACGUUUCUUCUUAUAUUUUCAUUAACAAAAAAUUACCCAAGAUUCAACACAUCUGUCACAACUACAAAGUUGUUCUGAAUAGUCGAAAGUCAAGAGUGGAUUAUGUUCAAUAUUUUACAUCAAGGAGAUGCUUACAGAGGGCAUAUGUAUUUCUAGUGUUUAUUUUGCAUAUAUUUUCAGGCACAAUGUUUGCUCUUAUUGUAUGCUUAUAAUAUGUCAAAUCACAUACAUACAGAAAACAUACUAGUAUGGAUCUUUAUGUUUCAGAAUCAUCACAAUAUUUUCAUUUCUUUUUGUUGUGGAAAAUUUUGAAGCACAUUUUUUUAUUUGUAGAUUUUCUUGGUUUAUCAAAUGGGUUUAAAAAAAGGAUACAUUUUUAGUGAUUUUAUUAUCGUAUCAUUCAAGAGUUAACUGUUUUUGUGUGUAGAUUGCUAUCUUUUGAUUUGAUAGUGACAUUUGGUGUGCUGAUUGAAGAGUUGGUUUUUUAAACCAGAAAUAGAAUUACAGAUAAUUAUUUACAUUAUUUAACAUAAUAUCAUUUUUAUUCAAAUUUUGGGGUGAAUUUUCCCUUUAAAGUUAUAUUUGAUAAUUAUUUUUCAUUAAUCCAUAAGUUAUCUCCCUUUCCUAGCAUUUGAAAAAGUUACUAUCUUUUGGAAGAUAUUUUUACAUAAAUUCAUAACUUUUCCAAUUUUGUAAUAGUUCAUUUUAUUACAUUGGUUGCAAUGAAUAACCAUGAUUUCCCAGUGAAAUGAAAACCUAAAACUUGGUUAUUUCACUCCUCUGAUGUCAUACAACAAUAGGUGUUGUCAAGACAUUGUUAAUGACGUCGCAUCAAAACAAAUUUUGAAUGCUUAGAAAGAGAUAUAGUUCCUUACAUUUUUACUUUAAUUCCAUUAAAAACCCUAUAAUAAAAAGAAUAACUAAUCAAAGAAUUAAAAAAUUAAAAAAUGGAAAAAUAUUCAAGUCGCGACCAAACAGCACUGAUAAUUAACUCAUGUGCUAUGAGCAUUCAUGAAUUAUUGUGUUGUUUGGUCAAUCGUUUUCUAUAUUUGAAUUCAUCCAUUAGUUAUUUUAUAAAUCUUCUUCUUUUCAUUUGUAAUUUCUUAAUCAUAUUUAUUAUAUUUGGGUAAAAGAAAUAUAUAAAAGAUUAUUAAAGAAAAAAAUAUAUAUAGAUAUAAAUGACGAUAAAGUUGAAAAAUACUUAUUAAACAAAAUAAAUCCUUUUUAAUUAUCAAUCACCCAUAAGGCAAUAGACCGCUUCUAUAAGGAAUUUAACUGCAUAAGAUACAAGUGUAUAAUUAUGUGUUGAGUUCAUUCCAUUUUUAUGGGGUAAAGAUUGCAUCAAAUGCAAUCAAAACCCUAUUGUACUGACUUGAUAUUUUAAUCUUCCAAGGUUCAUCACUACCUAACUGAUAGUUCAAAUAAAAUAGUGCAGUGAAGUGAUCAUUCUUUAGAUCCUAUCCAGCCUAUGUCAAGCAAUUUAUUAAUGAUGUGUUAUAAUUAGGUAUUCAAGUUACAAUAUGAUGUGUAUUGAAUCACUGUACUUUUCUUUAUUGAAAAUUACAUAAGUAAUGCAUGGCGUAUGAACAUGUUAUAAAAAUAGACUCAACUUCAAUGAUCAAUCUUGAACAAAGGAAGAUAACUCCAACUCAAGUUUAUAAUUUGUCUAGCUAAUUACCAUUCAAUGUUUUAUUUUAAAUUCACAAAAUUGCAAAAUGAAGGCAAUCUUUACCCUUUCAGUGUUCACAAGUACUUUGAUAAACCCAGUGUGUACAUUGAUUAUCCAACCUGAUAAAUAUUAAGAAUUUUAAUAUUUUUAUUGAAAUAAGGAUAUUUUCAAAUUUAUAAAAAAAAACUACAUUUUCUGCUAAUUAAGAGAGCGAAAUAUUAGGUUAUACUGUUGAAUAUUGUUGCAAACAGUUUUUUUUUUAAAUGAAAGGGCCUGUUGUCCUACAAACACAUAUUCUUGUUUACUUCUCUUUUCAGGAUGCUGAGACAUUUUCUAAGAAAGAACACUUCUUUUUAUACAUAUAUAAUAAUACUAAUGAUAGAAGUAAAUGCUUUAUUACUCUCAUUAUUGUAUAUUAUAUAUAACAUUUUUUCUUUAUAAUUGAACUACUAACAAAGUUUCCUUUGAUUUCACAACAAAGUUUCCAUUGAUGUGAGAUCUAAGUUCUGUGGAUUCUUUCAUUUUUGUUGGUACACAAUGUACCAAUUUUCGGGAAUUACAAAAAAAAUCAUAUUUUCGUGGAUUCCUGAUUUCAUGGUUUUGCCAAAGUAUGUAUACAAGCUUAAAGAUAAUUUGUAAUAAAGAAUCCACAGUAGAAACACACAAUAUUACACUAUGAUGAUUAAUAUUUGUUUGUAGGUGAAAUAAGUAAGUUUGUAAGUAAAUUUUGUUGAUCAUCAGAUCAAAAUAAAAGUAAAAUUCUUCAUCAAAAAAUAAUAAAAGAAACCAAAUUUU